GAAGGAGGCAGGGUCUGUGUGAUGUGGGCAUGGAGGCUGGACUUUGCCGAUUUAAUAUGUCAGCUGCACAGCCUAGCUACUGAGCUCAUAGGGACGGAGUCAGCUACUGCUGUGCUGUGCUGGGAUUAGUCCCACACACAGAGACGGCAGAGCUGAGUCUUGAGACAGAGGAGAGGUUUACUGAAAGAGAAUGCUGGCUGCAUGGCGUAUAUUCAGAAACUAACAGCCUAGUGACGGCAACAGGACAGUGUGGAUUGCAGAAGAAUAUCUCAUCUGCAGAUGUUUAUCUCUGAUGUCAGUUUGUGCUGAGUUGUGUGGGUGCCAACGUGGGCCCCAUGUGGCAGAAGGAAAGCAAUACGGGGUCCGGUCAUACCUCCACCUAUUUUAUGAAGACUGCACAGGCUCUGCCCCAGAUGAUGACUUUGAAGGUCCUGCCUCAGCACGGUCCUUCAGUGGUAGCCGUUCUCUUCUCUGGAAGGUUGGGUUCUCAUCUGGCAUCAUCAUCCUUUUGAUUGGAGUAUCAGCCAUAACAACAGGGUACCUUGUGCCUCAAAAACUUGAAACCAUUGGUGAUGGGAGGUUUAUUGUAAUUGACCAUCAGGCUGUUGAAUACAACCGGGUCCUGCAGACCUGCCAGCUUCUGGGCGUGAUCUUACUCAGCGUUGGUGGCCUGAUGGUAGCCACUUGUAUGAUGGUCACAGUUUUUUGCAGGGCUGCAGUGAAGGAGGAAGAGGGUUUUCUCUCCCCGAUACUAAAGGAGGAGCAUGGUGAGAAGACCACACCCAUCCUAAUGACAUUAUCAUCGGAGGGAUCAACAUUGCCUCUCGGCAUUUCUCGAGUACAAAAUAUUCAGCCAAGAAGGAGCAUAUGAUUUCUGCAGCAUGUAUCAUUGUCUCAGCAAACUGGGGUUUGGAAAAUAAACUACAAAUAAAAGUA